AUGCCACACUUUGCUGCACCUGAAAGCACACAGCAUCACCUCUCAUCACCUCAAUGUCACCCGUUGAAGCUGCAUUGUGAGGUUUGCAGUAUAGUGUCCAGCUCUGGCCAGAUGCUGGGCUGUGAGGCAGGAGCUGAGAUCGACCAGUCCUCCUGCAUAUGGAGAAUGAACAACGCACCCACCCGCGGCUUUGAGAGGGAUGUGGGCCACAGGACAGACCUGAGAGUGGUGUCUCACACUAGUGUUCCUCUGCUAAUCCAAAAACCCCAGCACUUCUUUGGCCAGGGGAAUGAGACCGUCUAUGUGGUGUGGGGACCCUUGCGCAACAUGAGGCAGGAUGGCAAGGGUAUUGUGUACAACAUGCUGCGGCAAGCGGUGGAAAACUACCCACAUGCGCGCAUCUACGUCACCACAGAAGAACGCAUGAAUUACUGCGACACAGUUUUCAAGAAGGAGACGGGCAAAGACAGGAUUCAGUCGGGGUCGUAUCUCAGCACCGGUUGGUUCACACUCAUUCUGGCCAUGGACAUGUGCAAGGAGAUCCGAGUUUACGGCAUGAUCAAUGACACAUACUGCAAAUCAGAAGGCUACAGGAAGGUGCCGUACCACUACUAUGAAGCAGGAAGUCGUGACGAAUGUGCCGAAUACCUACUGCACGAGAGCGCCCCUUACGGCGGGCACCGGUUCAUCACGGAGAAGGCUGUUUUUGCAAAGUGGACUAAGACGCACCCCAUCAAGUUUUUCAGUCCAGAGUGGCAGCUGUUAUGACCAAGACUCCCUUUCUUUCAGAAUAUCCCCUGAUACUACAGCUCUGUUGGCUCGUUCCUCCUGCAUCGUAAAGUAAUGCUCACAAAAUGUGCCACGCAAUGGCUAAACAAAUCAUUCCAAUUGCGAUUUCAAAUAGCAGUUGUCUGAGUGAAGUAAGUCCCAUCGUGACCAUGAAGAGAGGUUUGGUUUCUAAUGAACCUCGUGUUGAUCCUGGUGUGAUCAAAUAGUGUAUUUUGCAUGUUCUCGUUUUAUACUCAUCUGGACAAGUAAGUACUGUAUGUUUUUCAGAGCACACGUAUUGCAAAAAAGAUCUACAAAGAAUGUCACAUCCUUGCUUUAGCUUUCAUCACCUCAAAUGGGCUCAAUUUAGGGCUGGCCGAUAUACCAAAUUAUCUAUAAAGUUAUACAGUGGGCAUAGAAAAGAAUCACCCCCCUUUAAAAUAAUCACAUUUUGUUGCUUUGCAGACUGAAAUGAAG